AUGCUUCCCGCACGGUCUCUCCGAUCAGCCUUCCGUGCGGUACCGAUCUUCUUCCGUAGCCCGGCAGCGGCACCGAGACCACAAUGCCUCCAGAGACGAUGGUACGCCGAACAGAAAGCCGCACCACCACCACCACCACCACCAUCACCGGCCGCAGUCGCCGAAGAUGACCUCCCCGACCACCGCAAGCUGGGUGUUCAGCAGGAGCUCUUCACCUCUUCCAUCUACAGCCCUGGCUCCCCGAUAUUCCUCCCGAACGGCACGCGAAUCUUCAACCGACUGGUCGAUUUCCUACGACGGCAGUACGUCCACUACGGCUUUGACGAGGUUAUCACGCCAAAUAUCUACAAAAAGUCGCUGUGGGAAGUGUCGGGCCAUUUACAAAACUAUGCCGACGAUAUGUACACCGUCACCAGCCGCGCGCGCGCCCCCGAGGAGAAGACGAGUUGCUGCGGCGGUGCUCACGGAGACCAGCCUCACGAGGGAGCCAGCGGCGAGCAGGCCACCAGGCAAGCCGAGGGCGAGGACGAUGACUACGGCCUCAAGCCCAUGAAUUGCCCGGGCCACUGCCUCAUCUUCGCCUCAAAGAACCGCAGCUACCGCGAUCUGCCCAUCCGCUACGCCGACUUCAGCCCGCUGCACCGCAACGAGAUCUCGGGCGCCCUCAGCGGCCUGACGCGCGUGCGCCGCUUCCACCAGGACGACGGCCACGUCUUUUGCCGCCCGAUCCAGAUCCAAGAAGAAGUCUUCAAGACGCUCGACUUCAUGAAGACGGUCUACGGCGCGCUCGGGCUCGAGCAGUUCGACUUUGCCCUCUCGACCAGGCCCGCGGACCACUACAUUGGCACCGACGCCGAGUGGGCGCGGGCCGAGUCGCAGCUGCGCCAGGCGCUGGAGCAGGCCGGGUUGAAGUACACCGUCAAGGAAGGCGACGGCGCCUUUUACGGCCCCAAGAUUGACGUGAUGCUGCACGACUCGCACGGCAAGUCACACCAGGCCGGCACGAUCCAGCUCGACUUCCAGCUGCCGCAGCGCUUCAACCUCGAGUACCAGGCGCCCGCUCCCGCGCUGGAGGCGCAGGGCCUGCCGCUGGACGGCGCCGACGUGUCGGCGGCGGACCUGGAGACGUACGGACCGGUGCCGCCCGUCAUGAUCCACCGGGCCAUCCUGGGGUCCGUCGAGCGCCUGAUGGCGCUGCUGAUUGAGGAGUACAAGGGCCGGUGGCCGUUCUGGCUGAACCCGCGGCAGUGCGUGAUCCUGACCAUCAACGACACGGAACCCGUCAUGAGCUGGGCGUCCGAGGUCAAGGAUAUCCUGACGGGCCACGACCGCGUGCGGGACCCGGCGAACCCGCGACAGCCGCGCCCGACGGGCUUCGCGGUCGAGAUCGACGCCAGCGCGCGGUCGCUGGCCAAGAAGCUCAAGGAGGCGAGGGAGAAGCAGCCCGGGUUCAUUUUAGUGGUGGGUAAGGGCGACGUUGCGGCCAAGCAGGUGACUGUCGAGGCGACGGACGGCCCUUCAGAAGGCUCGGGUGCGGGCGUCUCGAAGGGAGCUCGGCAGCAGAUGGAUCCCCUGGCUUUGCUGGGGAAGAUGCAGGAAAAGGUGGCGACGUAUCAGUAG